CGCAGCCGCUUCAUUCGCACCAUCAAUAGAAUAACUUCUGCUAACGUUAUAUUACGCCUUCCUGAUGAUGGCGUAUAUAUGACCUUUUUUUUUUUUUUUAUUAGUCAACAAAUUUUGGAAAGGUGCACCCCCACCCUUACCGCCACCACCACCACGAUCUUCCAGCGGACGACUGUUUUUAUCGUUUUCAUGAUAGGGUUUGGGAACUUGAUGACUACAAAAAAAAAAAAAACUUGAAGACUUUCUACCUAAAGUCUCUGGGAUCACUGGGUUCUACACAACGCUGGUAACUACUUUGGAGAACAGUAACAGAUACAAACAUGUAUUACAUUAUCUUUUAAUCAAAGUAUUUUGAAAAGAAAUGUACUGGGAAACGUAAAGAAUAAUUCUAAUUUGUCAAAUGUACUUCCUUCUACUAAUGCAACUAUUAUUCCAGCUCAAGAAGAAAUUAUGUCCAAACAAGAUGCAAAAAGCAUAUCAACAACAAAAAUAUCAGAAAAUGUUUCCACUGCUAGUCCAGUAAUUGAAAAUAAUUCAGCUUGCUAUGUGGAAUCCAAUCCGUCACCAUUAACUCCAGCAAAUGAUGUUACAAAUACCUUAUUGUUAAAUGUAACACUCGAAGAGCAUGCCAUAAUAAAACAACCAUGUAACACUAAUGAAAAAUUGUUACACGCUUCAUCUGAAAGUAUUGAAGAUACAAGUAAUGGACUCAUGUUUAAAGAAAUUGACAGUAUUUGUGAUCAAAUUAAUUCGAGUGAAGGUCGAGAUCACAAGAGUUGGGUUAAUACAAUUAAAAAAUUAAAAAUUUUGUUGAGUAGAAGUCUGAAAACAAUUAAGAUUUUAAAAACAAAACAUACAAAGUCCCGAAAUUAAUUUAAAAAGCAGAUCAAAGAUUUACAACAAAAAGUACGUAUGAAUACCAGCUUACAAAUCAUUAAUAGGUACUCUCUGUUUAGAUUGCGAAGUGCAUCGCGUAGGUAUAAUCGCAAAAAUGUAAAAAAUUUUAAGCAAACAAAUCUCAGUUCGAGUAAAACUAUGACCAUGUACCACAUUGAGAAAUAAAAAUAUGUUAAAAUAAA